UUAAUCUCUAGCAAACAACUCCACUUUUUGGUCCAGUUUCUGAGUGAAGGCUACUCCAGGAAGAAUGGCCGCUAUUGUCACAUCUCCACCUCAAUCUUAUAGCUCCAGGAAGCUUAAUCCACCCAUCUCGAACGCGCUAGUCAAUGGCUUCAUGGGUGCUUCAUUACCAUGGAGUUCACCAAAUAAGAGCACAACAUUGAGAACUUCAGGGAAAGUGACUGCAUCAGCAACAACUAUUGCCACACCAGUGGAUCAGGAAGUUAAAGAAUAUGCACUUCCUACAUGGGCAUUGUUUGAGAUGGGAAGGGCACCGGUUUUUUGGAAAACCAUGAAUGGCCUUCCUCCAUCUUCCGGAGAGAUGCUGAAACUUUUCUACAAUCCAGCAGCUAAGAAACUCACUCCAAAUGAAGAAUUUGGGAUUGCUUUCAAUGGUGGAUUUAACCAACCUAUCAUGUGUGGUGGAGAGCCAAGGGCAAUGCUUGAGAAAGUUAGAGGAAAAGCUGAUGCCCCAUUGUAUUCCAUCCAAAUAUGCAUUCCUAAGCAUGCUGUGAACUUGAUAUUCUCAUUCACAAAUGGAGUAGAAUGGGAUGGUCCUUACAGACUGCAAUUCCAAGUUCCAAAGGGGUGGAGAAACAAACAGAUUGAGUUCUUCAACGAGGGUCUGGAACAAGAGUUGAGUCAAGAAGGUGCAUGUGACAGAGCAAUCUUCCCAGACACUGAGGUUGUCGCCACGAGAUGCGCCAUGAUCGGUAACUUGUCAAUUGAAGGAGGUGAUCGAUGCAAUCUUGAUCUAGUUGAAGGGUGCAUGGAUCCUGGUUCAUAUCUGUACAAUCCUCUUGCUAAUGUAGAUGAUGGAACUUGCCCGAUUGAUUUAGAUGCCGAGGAUCAAAAUUAAGAUUAGUUAUAGAGUUAAGUGGGUUGCAAGAUAACCCUUGUUCCAGUGUAUAACUGUAUAUAUGUAAUGCUCUUGAAUCCUGAUGGGAAUUUAAGAAGUGGACUGAGCAGAGAAAACAAACUCGACAGUCGUAAAGUGGGCAUCUUUUUUAUUUCCCCAAUUUCAUUUCGCAACUACAAACAAGCAGCAUAUAUGUGUAUGCAUAUUUACAUCGGAAACGUUAUUCCUUAGGUGUUUAUCGAGGGAAAACAUUGAUUUUCAGCUAAAAUACACUGCUUUUCCCUUU